AGAGGAGGUGAGCGUGGGGGAAGUCGCUCUGCGGUGUCCGGAUGUGGACGUGGCACAGCGCUGCAGCAGUUCCGCUGAAUGUCCGCUUCUGAUACCGAGAAGGGAUUAGUGAGAAACACCCCGGGACGACAUCGGCUUCACAGUUUGUCGGUCACCGGGUUUGACUGGUUGCCCCAAGUAGAGGAAAGCCUUACUAUUUACAACACUUUGGAGAUUUAGGGAUGAACUGAGGAUGAAUGUAAACCAGCGCACUCCAAUGGCCUCUCCGUACGGCCAGCCCCAGCCUGGCUACGGCCAGCCUGGCUACACUCCCCUGGACGGUGGAUACCCCGCACCCUACGCUCCCUACCCGGCCUACAACGGCCCUGCUACAGCCUACCAGCCCGGAGCUCCACCACAAGGUCCUGCCAGGGGUCCUCCCACCUCUGGAGCCCCUCCAGUCUCAGCGCCCCAACCAUAUAAUCAGUACAGUCAAGGGGACAUGCAGAAUGGACCCCCACCUAUGACACAGUCACCACCCAGGCCGGCUGCGUCUCAGCCAUACAACCAGGGCGCUGUGAACAUGUCAGGGCCACAACCCUCCUAUCCCCAACACUACGGGCCCCAACACCCAAUGCAGCAGGUCACUAACCAGAUGACUGGGAUGCAGAUCACCUCUGGACCGCCAACACCUGUGGGGCCAGGAUAUGCUCCACCUCAAAGCUCCCAGCCUCCCGUCAGUACAGCCUACUCAGCUGCACCUCCACCCUCUUACACUCAAGCCCCUCCCCCUGCUUCCGCUGCCCCGACCCAACCACCACCUCCCAGUGGCCCUGCACCUUUUCAUCAACCCUACGGAGGCCCACUACCUCAUUCUCAACAGCAAUUCCCCUCUUCUCUUCCCCCUACCUCUCAACAGCAGUUUACCUCUCCUGCGCCACCUCCUUCCUCUCAGCAAACCUUUACUCCCUCGUCCUACUCGGGUCCUGUGUCUCCACCCAGCCAAGCUCCUGCUCCCCCAGUGUCCCAGCCACAGCAGUCCUUCCCUCCAACCCAGCCCCCCUUCUCCUCAGCACCUCCACCAGUCAGCCAUCCUGCCUUCGUCUCCGGCCCGCCUCCCCCUGCCCAGGGCUCCUUCCCACCUAGAGCCCCCCCUCCUUCCUCUCAGCCUGGGUCUUUUCCUUCUCCUGGUCCUCCUCCAAUCUCAAUGCCCUCUGGCCAGUACCCAGGACCCAUGCCACCCCAACAGCAGCCCCCUCCAUCCCAGCCAUCACCCUACAACUCAGGCCCCCCUGCUCCCAGAGUUCAGAUGCCUCCCACUUCCAUGGCCCAAAUCAACCACCUGCCUCCAGGACCACAGGGCCCACCAGGCCCCCCUGGGCCAAUGCAGCAGCCUCCAUCUCAGCCUGGCAUGCAGGGAGGAUACCCUCCUCAGCAGAAUGGUGCGUUUGGGCAGGUGAGAGGCCCUCAGCCUGGCUAUGCAGGUCCUUAUCCCGGGCAACCAAACUACGGAGCCCCUGCACCGGCAACAGCUCCUGCUCCCGCUGCACAGAAAAGACUUGACCCAGAUGCCAUUCCUAGCCCGAUCCAGGUAAUAGAGGAUGACAGGGCUAAGAGCACCGAGCCAUUCGCCACAGGGGUCAGAGGUCAGGCUCCACCGCUGGUCACCACCACCUUCCAGGUCAAGGACCAAGGGAAUGCCAGUCCCAGGUUUGUUCGCUGUACGGCCUACAAUAUGCCUUGCACAGCCGAAAUGGCCAAGCAGUCUCAGGUGCCUCUGGCCGCCGUCAUCAAGCCACUCGCCACGUUGCCGCCAGAUGAGACCCCUCCAUACUUGGUGGACCACGGCGAGGGUGGUCCAAUCCGCUGCAACCGUUGCAAGGCCUACAUGUGUCCAUACAUGCAGUUCAUAGAGGGAGGUCGGCGCUUCCAGUGUGGAUUUUGCAGCUGCGUCACAGAUGUGCCUCCACAUUAUUUCCAGCAUCUGGACCACACUGGUAAGAGGGUGGACUGCUACGACAGGCCGGAGCUUUCGCUGGGCAGCUACGAGUUCAUGGCCACUGUCGACUACUGUAAGAACAACAAGAUUCCUCAGCCUCCAGCCUAUAUCUUCCUUAUCGACGUGUCCUACAACGCUGUGAAGAGCGGCAUGGUCAACAUCGUCUGCCAGGAACUCAAGACCCUCCUCGACUACCUGCCCAGGGAGAAUCCAGAAAUGGAUUCUGUGGUGCGGGUGGGUUUUGUCACCUACAACAAGGUGAUGCACUUCUACAACGUCAAGUCGAGCCUGGCCCAACCCCAGAUGUUGGUGGUGUCUGAUGUGUCGGACAUGUUUGUACCCCUGCUCGACGGCUUCCUGGUCAAUGUGAACGAGAGCCGGCUAGUUAUCGACAGUUUGCUGGACCAGAUCCCAGAGAUGUUUGCAGACACCAGGGAGACAGAGACGGUGUUUGGACCCGUCAUCCAGGCAGGACUGGAGGCACUGAAGGCUGCAGACUGUUCAGGGAAGCUGUUUGUGUUUCACACAUCUCUGCCCAUCGCCGAGGCUCCUGGAAAACUAAAGAAUAGAGAAGACAAGAAGCUGGUUGGGACAGAUAAGGAGAAGUCUCUGUUUCAGCCUCAGGUGGGAUUCUACAACACCCUGGCGAAGGAGUGUGUAGCGCAGGGCUGUUGUGUGGAUCUCUUCCUCUUCCCCAACCAGUACGUGGACGUUGCCACAUUAGGAGUAGUUCCUGUCUCUACUGGAGGUUCUGUCUACAAAUACACCUACUUCCAGGCUCAGUCGGACAGGGAGCGAUUCCUGAACGACCUCAGACGAGACGUUCAGAAACUCGUUGGCUUUGAUGCUGUUAUGAGGGUGCGAACCAGCACAGGUAUCCGGGCGACGGACUUCUUCGGCUCCUUCUUCAUGAGUAACACCACAGACGUGGAGCUAGCAGGCCUGGACUGCGACAAGGCCGUCACUGUGGAAUUCAAACACGACGACAAGCUCAGCGAGGAGACGGGGGCACUCAUGCAGUGCGCCGUGCUGUACACCAGCUGCAGCGGUCAGAGGCGUCUCCGCGUCCACAACAUGGCGGUCAACUGCUGCUCUCAGCUAGCUGACCUCUACCGCAACUGUGAGACGGACACAAUCAUCAACUUCUUCUCCAAAUAUGCUUUCCGAGGCCUCCUGAACAACCCCACUAAGUCUGUGAGAGACACUUUGAUCAACCAGUGUGCUCAGAUUCUGGCCUGCUACCGAAAGAACUGUGCAAGCCCCUCAUCAGCUGGGCAGCUGAUUCUCCCGGAGUGCAUGAAGCUGCUCCCGGUCUAUCUCAACUGUGUGCUGAAGAGUGACGUGCUGCUGCCGGGAGCCGACAUCUCGCUGGACGAUCGGGCUUACCUGAGGCAGCUGAUCAGCUGCAUGGACGUCACAGAGAGCCACGUCUUCUUCUACCCCCGCCUGCUGCCACUGACGAAGUUGGAAAGCGGGUCGUUGCCAAUGGCGGUGAGGGACUCAGAGGAGAGGCUGUCUAAAGGCGGAGUUUACAUCCUGGAGACAGGACUCCACCUCUUCCUGUGGGUGGGGGCCAGCGUUCAGCAGGAGCUGCUGCUCAACAUCUUCGGCACGCCGAGCUUCAGCCAGAUAGACCCGAGCUUGACAAGUCUUCCAGAACUGGACAACCCCUUCUCUCAGAGACUCAGGGAGAUCAUCGAAUCCUUCAGAGCACAGCGAUCACGAUACAUGAAGCUCAUGGUGGUGAAACAGGAGGACAAAGCCGAGUUGAUAUUCAGGCACUUCCUGGUUGAGGACAAGAGCGUCAGCGGGGGAGCGUCAUACGUGGACUUCUUGUGUCACAUGCACAAGGAGAUCCGCCAGCUUCUCAGCUAGGCCUUCAAGUUCCCACCUUCACCUGUAUAACCCAACCCCCCCCUUCCCCUCCUCCUUGUGAAAGAAAGCGCUUUAUCUUUUUUUUUUUUUUUAAACCUAAUAAACUAAAGCUCUCCCAGCUGUCUGUCAGCCGAGAGACCAGCUGGCAGAUCUCGUUGUGUGUGUGUGUGUGUGUGUGUGUGUGUGUGUGUGUGGGAAAGAGAGAGUCUGAUGUUAAUAGAGCUUUACUCUGCCUCAAAUCUACUGCUCCAACAAAGAGGGAGCAAAAUAACUGACGAGGGAGUAAUGUGUAUAUACACAAGUGAACAAUUAUGUAUGCAACUGAGUGAGUGACGGAGACGGCUGAUGUUGACUGUAGUCGGUGUACUGUGUGUAUUACUAGCACUGAAAGGCUGUUUUGGGUGCAUUAAUGACCCUCGGAUAGCAAACACUUUUUAUAUGAUUGAAUCCCAAUAGAGUGAAGGACAACUACAUACCAAGACAUAAACGGAAUUAAAUAAAUGCUGUUCUUUCUGUCUCUUCUCCCCAUUAAUCAUGGCCUUAGUACCCCCCCCCCCCCCCCCCCCCCCCAUGCUGCUCCAAUCAUCCUGUGUGUGUGUGGUAUGUAUGUGUGUGUGAGAGAGAGAAAGAGAGCGGAUUAGACUCCCAAUUCUUAUUUCCUGACGUGUCUCCAGGUGUCAGCAUCCAAAUUUAAAGAUAGAUUAACAGCCCGGUCUGGAGCCUGUUGACCUUUUUGCCGAAGGAAAGAAUUCAAGAAGUAUCUUGUAAAAUCUGGUUUUAGUGUCGACAAGUGAACUGAACACAAAGGUGCACACGACUGCUGUGUUAUUACAGUAAUUGGUAUAAUCCAGAUUAGUUUGAAUCAAUUUGAGUUUCUGUUACGGGUGCAAACAUCUGGCUCCGAUGUUUUGGUCACCGUUGAAUCAGAUGUGCAUUGAAGUCGCUGUCGUGGUUCUGUUUGGAGAGGAAGCUUUCAUCAGUUCAAAGUCUAUGCAGCAUAGAGAGGCCAGACAAAAACAUUAAAAAUAAUAAGAGAAAUGAAGCACGGCUGUGAACUUUUGAUCUCGGCAUCACAGAGAUGGGAAAUCCUCCUCAUGAUAAUUUCUGUGGAUGAUUCUGUCUGUUGAUGAUGUGUAGUGCUGCAGACUUUAUAUUAAUCAGAUGAUCUGAAAAUUGUAUUUACAAAAGAAAAACUAAGCUAUUUCCAGCAGACAGAAAUGAGCACAGAACGACAUCGAAUAAAUGGACAUUAGUUAAUGUUUGCAAAUUUUGAGUUGUCUCCGCACUGACGAUGUUCAGUGUGUAAAUAAAAUAUAUAAUCUGUACAGAAUUAAUAGAAAAAAACAAUUUUAAAGACUGAACAGCUGUGGUUUGUUGAUGGUUGGUUUCUCUGUCAAAAAUGGCCGAAAUAUAAAAUCAUGGCUUUUACUGGAGAGAGGAAGACGCCUUGACUGGCUUUUUGAUACGUUUGUGUGAGUGGAAGUGUGUGUGUGUGUGUGUGUGAGAGAAUGUGGGGUCGGUCCUGGUGAAUUUCUGCUGAGGAACAGAGGGAUCAGCUAACACACACACACAGACACACACUCACACACACGCACUACCCUGAGAUUAAGUUCAGUCUUCUUCAUUUAUCACUUUCUGUUCCUUUUUUAACAAUGUGACUUUUGUGGGGGUUUUUGGUGUGUGUGUGUGUGUGUGUGUGUGUGUGUGCCCUCUGUUCCUUCUCUACGUUCACUGACUUGGAUUGGCCCACUGUCUUGACUGUUAUCUUAAUUUCUGUUCCUUUUUCUUUUCUUUGAUUUGUUGUUUUUUUUCAUUGCCUCUUGGGACUGCUAAUAAAAUGAUUGUUUAAAGUGAAACUCCA